AACCUACCAAAAGUGCUUAGUACCAAAAAAGUGCUCCUGAAAAUGUUCACAUUUAAGGAAUUAUCUUUUUACAAAACAUUAUGAUCAACCUGAAGUUUCUUAAGAAUAAUAAAUUAAAUUUCAACAAUAUUAUGCUCCAGUUUAUCAUUUCCACAUUACAACUUCCAGAUCAGAGUGUCUACAAAAGAACAUAACAUUUAGUCACACUUAUCUGGAGCUAAACAAUGUAGUAUAUUACUUUAUGAUCAAAACAACAACAGUAAGAUAAAGAACAACAAAAACAAGACAAAAUAUUAGAAAAACGAGACAGAAUGGCAAAAAUUUGCAGAUGACAAAAAAUUUGUUUAAAAAAAGUUAGAAAACAAAAAAUUUACAAAAACAAGACAAAAAAUUACACAAAUGAGCCAAAAGAAACAAAAGACAAAAAAGAACGCAACUGAGACAAAAAAACACAAAAGGGCAAAAACAAUACACAAAACAACGAAUAAAAUGAAACACAAAAUGACAAAAAUAAGACAAAAAAACAAGCGAGACAAAAAAAACGAGAAACAACAAAAACAUGAGACAAACAAAAAGUCAGACAAAAAAAGAAAGUGCCAAAAAAUGGACAAAAAGAAGACAAAAAAUUGCAAAAAUGGCACAAAAAAGAAACAUUAUAAAAAAAACACACAAAUGAGACAAAAGGACAAAAAUGACACACAAAAUGGAUAAAGUGAAACAGAAAAUGACAAAAAUAAAAAAUACAAGCGAGACAAAAAUGAAACAAAAUGACAAAAACGUGAAACAACAAAAACAUGAGACAAACAAAAAAAGUCAGACAAAAAAAGACAAAAAAAAAUAUUACGCAAAUGAGAGAACAACAAAAAUGAGACACAAAAAGACAAAAAAUGAGACAGUCGACACGAAACAAAAAAAGGAGACAAAAAAUUUGCUAAAAAAGAAAGCGACAAAAUAUGGACAAAAACAACACAAAAAUUAUGCAAAUGAUACAAACAAGACAAAAAAACGACAAAAAAAGACAACACAAGCGAGACAAAAAACACAAAGGACAAAAAUGACACAAAAUGAAUAAAAUGAAACACAAAAUGACAAAAAUAAGUCAAAAAACACAAGCAAGACAAAAUGAAACAAAAUGACAAAAACAUGAGAAGAAUGACAAAAGUCAGACAAAAAAACCAACAAAAAAGACACAAAUUGACUAAAGAACAAUGAACAAUUUAGUAUUUUACUUUUUGAUCAAAACCACUUGCCAUGGUCUAGAAAUUAUUUUAAAUGUAGAAUUUUACAAAUUUACAAUCUGCAGUUAAUGUCUUCUCUGUAAUUUUUCCACUUUUAGGGCUGGAUUGGACCCUCUGGAGGGCCGCUUUUGGCCCACGGACCGCGUGUUUGACAUCCCUGUUCUAGAUGGGAAGAGUUAACGUUGGCUAGUUGCUCCUUUUUCCCCUGUAUAGCCCACUGGAGAUCUAACAAUACCUUUGUCUCCAGUGUUAUUGUCAUUCCUGCCUCCAUAAAAAGGCUGAAAUCAGUUCAUUUAUGCAGAGAAUAUGAUCUAAUGCAGACAUGAACUGGAACACACAUGCAUACAGUCAGGCUACAUGGAGCUAGGAGUGUAGCAGCAUACAUACGAAAUGGUCAGUGGUCUGCACUCAGUUUUUCUGCCUUAGUGCUGCUCAAAGCGCUUUACAGUGUUUCCUGCUCAUACACAUCAAUAUCUGCCACAGGGAGCACCUUGGGAUGGAUUGUCCUGCCCAAGGGCUCUUCAGCACACCAAUAGUUCAGCAAUUUGAAUGUUGCGUUUUCAUCAAGCUGGGGAAUUCACAAGAGACAGAAUAAAGAAAGAAUGGGUAAAAUAUAAACAGUCAAGGCAGAGAAAACAGACUUCUAGUCCCUGUUAGAGAUGAGCCUUGAAAAUGUACAAUACUGCAUUACUCAUAAGGCAGUUAGUAUGAACUUUGUUGGAGCAUCCCUGCCUGCUGAAUACCCAUGUCUUUCAUCAACAAUUCAAUUCUUCAAGCUCAAACCAAGAUAAAUAUAAUAAUAAUAAUCUCUAUUUAUAGAUUACUUUUCAAAAUCCAUGUCGCAGUGCUUCACAAAGCAGCAAAAUACUGAAAUCAUCAGGAUUUAAAAGACCAAAACUCACAAACACAAUAUGGUGUUUUUAAAAAAAAGUAUUUAUGAAAGAAUGAAAAGACAAAACUCAGAUGUGAUCAUGAAUGAAUCUUUGAUAAAAGUAUGAUUUCCUCCAGAGCCUCGGGUCCUCGAUUGCAAACCCUCUUUAGUUUUCAGUCAGGCCACUUGAAAGGACAAGAAAACUUCAAUCUAGUAUCUGAAAGUGCAUACUGGUGCAUACCAAAGACUACUAAAAGGUCAGAAAUACAUCUGGGAGAAAGGUAAUGGGGGGCUAUAUCCGUAAUCAGUGAAAUCUAUCAUAAAACACACAUUUGGAGCAAGCGUAAAGAGACUAAAAGAAGAUUUCAUGUGAUGAAAUAGUUGAAUCUUAUGUAAUAAUGAAUGUUUUUGAUUGUCCAGAGCCAACUAGUACUACUGAUUUACAGACUCAGUAGUCUUUCUCAGGACCAAUAAACUAACUGAUAUGUGGAAUAGCCCUUUAACCCUAAAAAAACCCGCAAUGGGUUGCCAGUUAACAAAUUAAAAUGAUCAAAUAGAACUCAGUUAAUAGCACGGAUUAUUUUAUUUAUUUAUUUUUUAAAAAUCUCAUUACAGGUCUAAACCACAGGAUGUUGCCAUGUGUACGUAAUUUCCCAAAGUAUGCAACACAAACACUGUAUAUUAUAAACGCUUUGCUCGUGCUCUUAUUUUGAAAGCAAAGCCGCAAUAAAACUUCCAGUUCCUGUUGCCUGUUGUUUUUUUUUUUUUUUUAUCUUGAUAAACUUUUCUCCACUUUCAAAGUUGACAGAGGCUUCAGUUGGACUUUAAAAAUGCUUGCAGCGAGUUACAGGGACUGUCAGGCUUGGAGAGCAGAGGGUCUUCCUCUGUCCACCAGCAGUAAUGAAGCUUGCAAACUGUAUGAUGCUAUACUCACACAGUAUGUGAAAUGGAGGAAUGAUGAAACCUUGGGAGGAUUUGAAGGAUGCAUUUCUGCUAUCCAGGCAGCUGACCCUAACUUUGUUAUGGGUCAUGUGAUAAGCACCGGGUUGGAGCUGGUGGCAACAACAAGCAGCACCCGGCUGGAUGAGCGUCUGGCCGGCGCUGUGAAGCAAACAGUGGAGCUCGCCAACAGCCAGGACAUCUCUCCGAGAGAAAGGCUUCAUGUCAAAGCCAUGGAGCUGUUCUCACACGGGAAUUUUCCAAAAGCCUGCGAUGUAUGGGAAGAUAUUCUUGUGGAUCAUCCCACUGAUUUGUUGGCCCUCAAGUUUUCCCAUGAUGCCUAUUUCUAUAUGGGAGCCCAAACCCCGAUGAGGGACUCUGUUGCCAGGGUGCUCCCCUACUGGAAACCACAUAUGCCUUUGUCCAGCUGUCUGAAAGGACUAUAUUCUUUUGGUCUCCUAGAGACUCGCUUCUAUGACCAGGCAGAAAAAGUGGCCAUGGAGGGCCUCGCUCUCACUCCAGAUGAUGCUUGGUCCGUCCACUCUGUGGCCCAUGUUUGUGAGAUGAAGGCGGAGGUGGACAAAGGCUUGAAGUUCAUGGAGGGCAGAGAGAAAGACUGGCAGGUUUCUGAUGUGCUGGCUAGUCAUAACUACUGGCAUUGGGCUCUAUACUUCAUUGAGAAGGGGCAAUAUGAAGCAGCGCUGCAGAUAUAUGAUGCUCAGGUAUUCAAACGUUGUAAGGCCUCAGGAUCCAUGUUGGACACUGUGGAUGCCAGUUCAAUGCUCUGCAGGCUGGAAAUGGAAGGUGUGUGUGUGAAGGACCGCUGGCAGGAGCUGCUCCAGGUAACCCAGCCUCACACCGACGAUCACGUGACCUUGUUUAACGACCUCCACUUCCUCAUGGUGUCGCUGGGAGCUAAAGAGAGCAGGACGAGUCAGCGUCUGCUGGAGGGCCUCCAGGAAUUAGCUAAACCAAAGAACUACAGACUCUUCACAACCUGCUCAAACUCUUGAUACAUGACCUCACCACACGGGUCAAGAAGGUUUCCUUCUCAUUUCUACUCUGAAGAUCACCUUCUCCUGCUCAAACUGCUGACUAAUGUUUCUGCUGCUCUAAAAUCUGUUCUCCAGAACUUCCUAAAAACUCUCAAAGUCUCUUAUGCUGCAGGUUGCUUUGUAGAACUGUUCCAGAAAACCUCACUAAACCACAUGGAGGAGCCUCAAGAUAGUCGUCCAAAUGAAACCGUACAAAAAUCAAACCAGCACAACCCAAAUGCUAAAGUCUCCUGCAGCCUACCAGAGAACCUCUGAGAACAGAGAAUCAGGACAGGAACUCUUACCUUCUGGACAACCAACGCUGGUUCACAAGAAUACAGAAUGUGUCUGACCAGAAACCUCUGAAGACUCACUACAGCCAAGAUAAAGACACAACUCACCUGCACCAAAUCCACUAAUCACUGCACACAUUAGCACCAUGUGCAAACUGUGGCUAAAGAACCACAUUUACCAAGACAACUAUCCAGUUCAAAGCCCUAAAACACAAGAAGAAACACAUUAAAGACGAUUUUACUGCAGGAAGCUGCAAGCCAACGUCUAAAGAACAAACUAAAGCAAUGGACCCAAACCCAGUUCACUGGUGAAGAGAAACAGAGGAAAUGUUUGGCUGCAGCUAAAUAAAGCAGGAAGACACUGAGCUGCUCAGGUGUUCCUGAUAACACCAAGCUGCUCAGGUGUUCCUGAUAACACCAAGCAGCCACCUGGACAGCCAAUAGGAACACAGCUUCCUGGAAGUCCAGAGGGCGGGGUUAGUCAAGGAAAUUUAGUUUAAAGUUGAAGCAGAAAGUUAACAAAGAAAGUUUAAAACCACCUUCUGAUCCCUGAAAUCUCUGAGUUUUCACACAAAGAACACCUGAACAUGUCAAACUGGUUCCAUAGUAGAACCAUCAUUGUAAAUACGUCAUAGUAUGGUGUGUUGCUCAAAAAACAUUAGGACCCGGCUGUCAGGGGACAAACAUGUAAGAAACAUGAGAAGAGAGAGAGAACCCAACCAGUAGGUCACAGUUUAUCAUCAUCUCAUCAUCUCCUGAAGUCCAUAUGGUGAGAGACAUCAGUAUCUGGUUGUUAAUUUACCAGAGGAUGCUUAUAAUCAUGCUGAUGUGGUCUGUACUCUACAGUAUUUUAGUGACUCAAUAAAUGCCUGUUGUUGUUUUUUUAAAUGCUUUUUAGUUUUUAAUCAACAUUUAAUAGCCUAUAUGUAAUCAAUAAAUGACCUUUGCCUAUCUUAAGAAAAAUUCACUCAGAACUCUAUGUUAACAGUACUAAAUAAAUCAAUAAAUACAUGCAUACACACAAAAAUAAGUUAAUACAUUAACUGUGUUAAGAUUUAGAUUUAAAAAAAAGUUGUUUAUGUUUUUGCAGAAUCCAGUAUUGCUCACUGGUUGGUCAUUACAUUUUGUUAGUUUGAUUUCACUGUUUAAAAUGAUGCCACCUCUUUUCAGACAGAACCUGUAAUAAAACAAUACAAAAUUUUUAGUUCCGUGUUAAUAAAGCACUUAAAGCUUUAA